AGGAAGUCUAGCAUUGAGGACUGGAUGUCAGGCUAAGUAAAAACAAAAAUACAUCUCCGCCUGAUAGCGGUCAUCUGCUCGUCAUCUGUUAGCUCCACCGGCGUGACAAGAUGUUUAAAAAACUGAAGCAGAAGAUUAACGAGGAGCAGUCCCCGCAGAGGAAUGCGCAGUCACCACAACAGGCCCAGAUGGGCGCUGGAGACCGGCGCAGCAGUCAAACUCCUGCAUUUCACCACGACAGCUCUCCUUCUCCCAGCGACAGAGAGAGUGCCUCUAAAGCGCCUGUGAGAUCUCCCAGAGGUAGCAUCAAUGGAGAUGGAAGUGCUUCUCCUCAUAGAGAGGAGCCGCAGUCAUUUGCCCAAAAGCUACAGCUGAAAGUUCCCUCUAUGGAGUCGUUGAUUCGCGUUGGUGCUAGUCGAGCCGAGAACCUGUUCCGUUCUCCCUCUAAAGAAAACCUGGUCCGAAGCUCAUCGCGUGACUCCCUGACACCUUUGGGGGAAAACGAGGCAAUGGGCGCCCCCACGUAUGACCCCCCCUCAGAUAUUGAGAGCGAGGCAGAGGAACCGUCAGGAAAUGCAGAGACCCUUUCCAAAGAGCAGCUGGUACAUCGACUGCUUCGAGUGGAGAGGAGCCUGGGGAAGUACAGAGGGAAGUAUUCAGAGCUGGUUACUGCAUACCGAACAGUACAACGAGAUAAAGAAAAAACACAGGUCAUCCUCAGUCAGAGUCAAGAUAAAGCUCUCCGCAGGAUAGGGGAACUACGGGAGGAGCUGCAAAUGGACCAGCAGGCCAAGAAACACCUACAGGAAGAGUUUGAUGCUGCGCUGGAGGAGAAAGACCAGAUGAUCACUGUUCUCCAAACACAGGUUGCAUUGUUGAAGAAACGAACCAAGGGGGUUUCUGACGGUGAGGUCCUUCAGUCUGAAGAUGCAACCGACUCCAUCUCUGUACCACAAAGUCCUUCUAAGGAUCAAGGGGUAGAGCCGGAAGUCACUGAGGAAGAGGGCAACAGUGAUCCAGCCAAACUUAUGGAAGCCCUGCAGAAGAGAGUGAAAAGGCAGGAAAACAUACUGCACAAGUGCAAAGAGGUGAUUCGUACACACAAGGAGCGGAGCGCCCAGCUAAGCAGUGAGAAUGAAACUCUGCAAGAGCAGCUGCAGGAGAGACUGCAGGAGCUGGAGAAGAUGAAGGAACUGCACACAACAGAAAAGACUAAGCUCAUCACUCAGCUGCGCGAUGCCAAGAACCUUAUUGAACAGCUUGAGCAGGACAAGGGAAUGGUGAUUGCUGAGACAAAGCGCCAGAUGCAUGAGACACUGGAAAUGAAAGAAGAGGAGAUUGCACAGCUACGCUCCAGGCUUCAGCAGGCUACUGCCCAGAAAGAAGAGCUGCAGGAACAGAAAGAAAAGGCUGAGAAAUCAGCAUUUGAAGAACUUGAAAGGGCAUUAGGUACAGCCCAGAGGGCGGAAGAGGCUCGAAAACAGCUGCAGGUUCAGCUGGAAGAGCAAUUGAAAGAUGUCGAAAGAGCAGAAGAAGAGAAGAAGAGUUUGCAACAGGAACUGACACGUGUCAAACAGGAGGUUGUCACCAUCAUGAAGAAAUCAUCUGAGGAAAAAGUGGCCAGUAUGGAAAAAGUCCACAGUGAAGUUCUGGCUGCUAAAGAAGAGGAGAUAAGUGCCAGAGUCAGCAAAGCUGUGGAGAAAUGCAAAGAGGAGUUUGCUCAGUUAGCCAAGGAGCGAGAACAGCAGGCCUCUCUGGCUCUGGAGGAUAAAGAGUUGCAGAUGACAGCUGUGAGGACAGAGGCUGAAAUUAAAGUGAAAGAGAUACAGCUUGAACUAGAAGCUGCAAAAACCAGAAUAUUGGAGAUGGGGAGCUCUCUGGAGAAGAUCUCACAAGAUGGAUCAGAAAUGUCCCAUGAACUCUCCAGUCAGUUGGGUGAACUGAAGGAUAAACACAAACAGCAAAUCUUGGCCUUAGAGGAAAAGCACCAGGAGCAGCUGGAAAAGCACAAGGGCACCCUAACCCAGCAGCAUAACACUGAUCUUGAGGAUCUCAAAGAAAAACACAGAGCUGAAGUGGAGACCAUUCUAAAAGAUAAAGAGCUGCAGUUCCAAGCACAUGUUGAAGACAUGAACCAGAAAACGUUUGAAAAACUGGAUGCAAAGCAGGCAGAGUUGGAGGCGGUUUCUUCUGAACUUUCUGAGGCUUUGAAGAGUAAACAGCUUCUGGAGGAGAAGUUGGUGGUGGUUGAAAAUGCUCAACAGGAACAUGAGAAGAGGUUUCAGGAUCAGGUGGCAAAGCACAAUGCAGACAUUGCAAACAUCAAACAGGAGCAUAAGCAGUCACUUGGAGGUAUGAAGAAAACUCUGAAGCAGGAACUUAAUGCGUUGAAGAUUGUUCUGAGGGAAAAAGAAAAGGAAAUUGAAGAACUUACCCUUAGAGAAAAAACACUCAAAGAGGAAUCACUUUCCACUCUACAAGAACUAAAUGCAAAGGUAAAAGAAUUGGAGCAGGUGCAGCAGUGUUUAUCACAAUCCCAGCUGGAAAGUGCUAGCCUUAAGGAAUCAAAACAGCAGUUAAGUAAGGUGUCAGAGGAUCUUCUUCAGUGUAAAAAGGACUUGACAGAUUUGGAGCAUCAGCUGGAAGUAGUGAAGAGUGAUUGUCAACAAAAAGAGGAGUCACUUCGAGAACUGGAGCUCCAAUUACAGCAGACUAAAAAGGAACUUUCAGAGCAGGAGAAAUCAUACACUGCAGAGCUGAACACUAAGCAGGAGGAGCAAACACGCCUCAAGAAACAGCUGGAUGAUGAAAAAGCUGCGCACGAGAAGAAGUUGAAAAACACUAAAACAGACUUGGAAGCUAAGCUGAAGUCCCAGGAAACAAAGAUGGAAAAGUUCAAACAGAAGGCCAAAGAAAUGCAAGAGAAUUUUAAGAAAAAGCUUCAGCAGAACGAGGAAUCAAUGAAGAAGGAACUUGCAAAGAAGGAGAAAGAGCUUCAGCAAAAAGAGCAACAAGUUCAAGAGAAAAUUCUUGAGACGGCUCAAAAAAGUUCCCAAGGCCUCAGCAGUGCAAUGUCAGAGCUGCAGGCCAACCAUAAGGAGGAACUGGAUAAACUACACAAUACCCAUACGCUUGAGACUGAAGAACUGGAGCGUCGUUGGCAGGAGAAGUUAGGACAGCUGGAGGAAGAAAUGACGGAGAAACACUCACAGAUACUACAGGAGAGGUCACAGGAACUGGAGGAACUUUCUCAUCAACUUAAUAAGAGCAGGGAAGAGAAUGAGCAAAUAUCAAGUGAAAUAAAACAUCUGAAGGAGGAGCUGGUAAUUCGAGAAACCACUGUGCAGAAGCUGCAAGAAGAGCUUAAUGAAGCAGCCGUUAAGCUCGAAACUCUGUCCAAGGGUGAAGCUUUGCUCAAAGAGCAAAUGGAGUCAGUGGAGAGGAACCUUAGCCAGGCUCUGAAUGAGAGAAACUCCCUCCAAGACAAGCUUAACACGACAGAGGAAGAAAGCAGAGAAAAGUUAAAGACUUUUUCAGAUAAGUUGGAGGACACAGAGAAGCAGCUCAGAGCACUGGAAAGUUCCAGAUGUAAGGAAAGUGUGGACUUGCAGAAUAAAUUUGAGGAAACUGCAGUUCAGCUACAAGCCAAGGAAGCAGACUUCCAGCAGCAAUUAAUUAUGAUCAGCAACCAAAUGGAGCAUUUCUGUAAGGAUUUUCAAUCUAAAGUGGAGUGUGGGUCUUCUGAACUCUGUCAAAGAGUUGAAUAUAGAGUUGGAGAGCUAAGCAAUAGACUGCUCCAUAAUAAGAAAAAGAUGGGGCAUCUUAAAAAUGUUAUCCUUACUAAAGUAGAUCAAAUUUGCACUUUAGAGGAGAAUCUCCGCCAGCAGACGGAGGAGAAUAAGAAUCUAUGCAUUUCAUUAGAAAAGAUGACAGCUCAGGUAAAUGCUCAUAUGGAGCAUAUCAAAGCCUUAACACAUGAGAAGGAGAAUCACUAUCUGUCAAUCGAUGACAAAGUACUAAAGAUUGAAGAGCUGAGUGAAACAAACCGAAUCAUAUCAGAAAGUAUGAAAGCAAACGAGUCCCAAAUCAGCAACUUGGAAAGCAUCAUCAGUGACUUGAAAAAUCAAGUAGCAAGUAGCAUAAAAGACAAGGAGGAAGCCAUAAAUCAGCUAAAGCAGCAGUAUGAAGACAGAAAGCAGGCUGUUGCUCAAAUGGAAGAGAGCAUUGAGAGGUUAGAACAGGAGAGAAAGUCUGCUUUAGAGCAGGCAGAAGUACUCAGGAAUAGUCUGUCUGAGAAGGACAACACUAUUACAUCUCUACAGACCAGGCUUGAAGACCUGGAGCGUGACAUCUCUGAAAAGACUGAAGCUUUGCAAAGGCUGACAGCGAGUUUUGACAAUCAGUCCAUCAGCAAGUCUGAGAUGGACCAGGUAUUGAGUGAGAAAGAGCAGAAGGUCAGCGGACUUACUGUGGAGCUUGAAAGUUGCACCAGUCGACUUGGUGAGCUUCAGGAGCAGUUAGCCUUAAAGACAAAAGAGUGUGAACAACUCACAGCUGAUCUCAAACAGCAACACAGCAUCAGGGAGAAUGAAAAGAGAGAGUUGGUAGAACAGCUGCAGCAGACCCAGAUGCAGUGCACGCAGAAUGGUAACAUAGAACAAGAGAUGGCAGAAAAACUGCGUUCCCUUGAAGAAGACAACCAAAAGUCUAAACACGAACUUGAAAGUCAACGGGAAGAAUUCGAAAGAAUGAAAGAUGAGAUUAUCAAGAGCAAGGAGGAGAGUCUGAAGGCAACUGAAGAGAGGUUAUCUGCAGACAGCGCCAGGAAAGUGUCAGAGCUGAAGAAGAAAGCUGAGCAGAAAAUCAGUCAGAUUAAAAAACAGCAGACCUCACAGGUUGAAGAAAAAGAUCAGACGAUAAAGACUCUUCAGGCUAGCUUAGAGGAAAUCCAGAAAAAUGAAACAUCCAGCAAAGAGAACACAGAAACAUUAGAGGAGAAGACAAAAACACUUGAGGAAGCUCUUGUCAAGCUUAAAGAGGAGCAGGAGAAACAACUCGAACAGAUUUUGAGUCUUGAGAGGCAUGAAAAAGAAAAGUCUUUAGAGGAAUUGAAAAACAUGUACGAAGAGAAGCUGUCUUCACUACAGGGAGAUACGGCGCAUCAAGAGGCACUCAAAGACAGUGAAUCAGUAAUACAAGACAUUCAGGCAAAGCUGAAAGAAGCAGAAGAGCAGAAUGGAAACCUUCAUGAGGAAAUGAAUCGCCUGAAAGAAGAAAUACAAGAGAAGGACGCACAGCUUGAUCAACAUCAGGCUGCUAUUAAACAGGUCCAAAAUCCAUUAGAGGCUGAGAUGAAGGUGGAGUGUAGCAACGUGCAGCAAACCAAGAGCAUGUUGGAAAAUGAGAUGGAGAACCACUCGCUGACGCAAGAAGAGGACGGUGAUUCUCUUGAGUCUCUCAAGAGCAAACUAAGUCAGAUGAAGAACGAGAAAGAGAAAAUCCACAAAGAUUUUAACAGGUUACAGAAAGACAUCCGGUCACUGAGGAAAGAGCAUGAACAGGAUCUAGAGUACAUGAAGAAAGAGUUGUCAGAGGAGACUGAUAAAAAGCUUAAACUGGAGUUGGAAGAUGUCGGAAUGAAGCACAACUCUGCUAUUAAGCAGUUAAUGAGGGAGUUCAACACACAGUUCGCUUUGAAAGAGAUGGAGCUUGACACAGCGGUGAAGGAGGCAAUUGCGAAGGCCCAGUGUGUCGAGUCAGAGCUCAUUAAUUGUCAUCGUGAAGAAGCCAGUCAGCUGCGGAAGGUGAUUGCGCAGAAAGAAGACGAUUUGCACAGAACUGUACAGAAAUAUGAACAGGUUAUACAGAGUCGAGAGGAGGAGAUGGGAGACAGAGUGUGGCAGGUUCAGAAAGAACUGGAGGACAUACAAGCAAAGAGCCACGACACACCUGAGGGGGCUCAGAUGACCGGAGAAGAACUACAGGCUCAGCUUGCCGAGAAGACAACUUUGCUGAGUGAGGCUCGGCUGAAGGAGCAGGGGUUCGUUGAAAGAAUUCACUCGCUUGAGGACAAGAUAAAAUUUUUACACCGAAGCACUGUUGUAACUCAUCUCGGGAGCACAUUCAAAGAUCCUGGGUUCACUGAUGCCCUCUCAGAAGCCACUGAAAUAGAGUACCUGAGGAAGGUCUUGUUUGAGUACAUGAUGGGACGUGAAACAAAAACGAUGGCCAAAGUGAUUACCUCCAUGCUCAAGUUUUCUCCAGACCAAGCACAAAAAGUUUUGGACAAAGAAGACUCGAAAACAACUCCGUGGUUACGAUGAGCGUCUGAGCAGUUCGGGUACUUUGAGGUGAAAAUGACAUUGUCGCUGCUGCUGCUGCUACUGCUGAAGGAUAAGACUGCCAUGGAUCUAAUCAAGCCCUUCUCUCUGCAUUUCUUGUAAUUUUUUUGUCUGUGUGAAGGUGUGUAUGAGCACAACACUUGGUUUUAAGUGUGUGAUGUGUGUAUGGUGCAAUAUGUGCAAAUAUAUCUCACGGUAUGAGGGACUUAGAGUAAAUACCAGAAACACAAUAUCUUCCAUAAAUCCAGUUUCACAUUGAAAUUAAGUUUGUUUUAUAUGUUUUAGAUGAAGAUAAAUGGGAUUCCUUUUAUUUUAGAAUGUGUUUAUAUACAGAUUGGCGUGUGCAAUAAAUUAUAUCAUUAUCACGUAUUGAUGUUGACGGUCAGUUGAUUUAUAGGUUUUCUGUGUUGUGCUGUUGUCUGAAUCACUUCCUCUGUAAAACUGUAAACGACCCUUUAACUGUGCACUCGCUCCACGUUAAGAUACUAGCCUCUGGACCUUGUUUGUUUUAACUGCUUUUCUAUGCUUUAUAUUAGGUCACGAACACUGACAUAGAAACCCCAAAACACCAAAUUGUAAAUUGUAUUAUGAUAAUUAAAAUUGUACUAUAGGGCACUAUAUGAUGUGCUAUACAUUUUGAGACUAACAAAUUAAAUCUUAUUUACAGAA